AUGGCCACUGGACCAGUCAGCGAAUAUGAGCGAGCGAGACAAGAGAAAAUCGCAAAGAAUCAAGCACUACUGCAACAGCUGCAACUAGAUGCACAAAAGACAGGCAUUGGAUCCAAGCCGAAGCCUUCGUCGACCGCAGGGCAGAAGCGCAAGAGGCCAGUCGCAAAAGUCAAGGAGGAGGAUACAGGGCCGCGACGAACAUCAUCUCGUCUCAAGGGCAUUGUCGCGGACUCGGAAGUGGCCAGGCAGAAAGAUGAAGCCGACGCGACAGCCUUUCAGGAGGCACAACGGAUAAAGCGACAGCGCGUGAGCGACGACAUCAACCUGGUGGAUGCAGUGGUGAAUGGCAAUGCUUGGAACCGAGCUGGAAAUUGGCUGUCUACCGUGGGACCUGCAAAUCCUGGCGAGCGGACGUUCACGGCGCAAGAUGUGAAGGAAACGACAGAUAAGGAGCUGCGGGCAGUAAGGGAGCGCAUGAGCGGCCUACAGCUGUGGGAGGGCGCGGAGCCGAAUAGGAUAAAGAUCACGCCCGAGCGAAUCUAUUCGCUUGGAUUUCACCCCACGGAAGAGAAGGCUCUGGUAUUCGCAGGCGACAAGCUGGGCAGCAUGGGUCUAUUCGAUGGAUCUCAGACCAGUGCGAAUGAGAUCAAGCAGGAAGCAGACGAUGCGGAUGAAGACGGCGACGACGACGACUUUGAACCCGCGAUCUCGACAUUCAAGAUUCACUCUCGAACUAUCAGCGCAUUCCAGUUCUCCCCUCACGACCAGAACGCUGUGUACUCAGCUUCCUACGACUCCUCAAUACGCAAGCUCGAUCUGGCCAAGGGCACGGCAGUAGAAGUCUAUGCGCCUGCAGACAAGGGCGCAGAUGAGCCUCUAUCCGGCGUGCAAAUCAGUCACGCAGACCCGAACACACUGCACUUCACCACGCUCGAUGGCAGAUUCGGCAUGAAAGACAUGCGUACGCCGCAGGAUCAAGCUUCCAUCAUGCAGCUCUCCGAGAAGAAAAUCGGCGGCUUUACAUUACACCCUGCGCAGCCCCACAUUCUCGCAACAGCCUCUCUAGAUCGUAUGUUGAAGAUCUGGGACUUGCGAAAGAUCUCCGGCAAGAAAGACGAUCGCAUGCCGUUCCUCAUGGGCGAGCACUUGUCCAAGCUCUCCGUGUCUCACGCCGCGUUCAACAGCGCCGGUCAGGUCGCGACGGCGAGUUAUGACGACACGAUCAAGAUCCACGACUUUUCGGAGUGUGGUGACUGGAAAGUCGGAAGGUCUCUGACGGAUGAUGAGAUGGCGCCCAGCGCUAUUGUCAAGCACAAUAACCAGACUGGUCGAUGGGUCACGAUUCUUCGGGCUCAAUGGCAGCUGCAACCGCAGGAUGGGAUUCAGCGCUUUGUCAUUGGCAACAUGAACCGAUUCGUGGAUAUAUAUACCAGUACCGGACAUCAGCUCGCUCAAUUGGGAGGAGGAAACAUCACGGCUGUUCCGGCCGUCGCUCAAUUCCAUCCUUCCAUGGACUGGGUCGCGGCGGGCACUGCAAGUGGGAAGCUAUGUUUGUGGAUGUGA